AUGAACAAAACAGAAUUCCAAGCAAUUAAAGGAUCUGUCGGCACGCGCCUGGACGAGAAAAGUGCUUUGAAGCGUCCUGAGGAAGAGAUGGCGUCCCUCGCGACUAGAAUUUCUAAAAUAGAGAAGAAAACAAGACUCGUCAUGAAUCGUAUUGGAUUAUAUGGAAUCGAUGACGGUGAUGAGAGUGGUACGUCAUUUUGUGCGAGCCUGUCAACUAAUACAAUAUUUAAAGCAGACGAGACGAUAAUGUUUGACGACGUUCUUAACAAUGUCGGAGGUGGGUUCAACCCAUGUAAUGGAGAGUUUUCUGUACCAGUGUCCGGCAAAUAUCUAAUCUCGGUCACUGCUAGAGCGCAGUUUCACAAACAAGUUUCGGCCGAGAUCGUAUGCAACGGGAAGAUGCUCGGCAGAAUUACCUCAGGUAAUGGUGGAAUUGAUAAGGCAACGUCAUCUAUGACUAUUGCCGUAGAGACAAGAAGAUGUGACGUCAUUUACGUGAAACAGACGACAGGAAAACCUGGGGAAUACUAUGGCAACGGCUACACAACAUUUUCUGGGUUUCUGUUCGAUUAG